UUAUAAACGAUGUUGACUCAGCGACGUCGUUUCAGAUCCGGAAAUUCCAACACUGUAGUAGAAAUAGUUUAAGGUUGUGCAGAAACAGAUAUACAAAAUACAUCAUCACUUCAACUUCACUCUCAAAUCCCAUCACCAACCUUUCCGUCCUAAUCCUUGGAAGAAGAUGGGUUCAAAAUCUGAGACUUUCACUUUUGAGGAGGUGGCUAAGCACAAUAACAAGAAUGAUUGUUGGAUCAUAGUCAACGGAAAGGUAUAUGAUGUUACCCCAUUUUUGGAUGAUCAUCCCGGAGGUGAUGAGUCUCUACUCUCUGCUACAGGGAAGGAUGCCACCGUCGAUUUCGAAGACGUUGGCCACAGUGAUUCAGCUCAAGAGACCAUGGCAAAGUACUUUGUUGGAGAGAUUGACAACACCACUCUUCCAGCAGUUAUUAAGAACAAACCAAUACACCCAUCAACACAAGCACCUACCAUAAGCAAUGAAUCUUCUGGAUUUUUUUUGAAGUUCUUGCAGUACCUGGUACCGUUGCUGAUAUUGGGCUUUGCAUUUGGUCUGCAGUACUAUGGAAAAGAAAACAAGUCCAACGAAUCAUAAACUUUGAAUUUGAGCUUUGGCUAUAGUUUUAGACUUUAAGUAUACUUAUAUUAUUAUUCAUAAUAAUCUAUCUAUAUCAAAGCAGAAUCAUAAGGCAGUAUUGGUUUUUUUGGAGUAUUGUUUUUUUGGAGUAUGGUUUAAAUAAUGGAUAUUUUAGUAUCUCAAAAUCAUGCAGUGUUUUUGUAUUAUUGA